AUGGUGGUGACGCUGACGUCUCAUCAUGCAACAUCUUACAUCUUCACUAUUGCCACCCUCGGCGCCCUGGUGGUGGCCACGGUGCUCGGCGCAGGAGUAGGAGCAGGAGGAGAAACCCAACUGAGCGGUUCGGGGACGGUGAGUUUCACCAAACUGGGCGCAGCGGUGCGCAACGGAACAAGCACGGCGGCGGUGGCCGCAGAUCGAGCGAAUCGUACCAGCGAGGUACCGGCGAAAGUGCGGCCAGCGUACACCCGAACCGAACUCAAGGUAUCCCGGAGCCUCAACCCGGACAAUGUGCAGAAGCUGAACGUACGCUCCAACAAUGGGCGGAUGGUGCAGAUCAUCGUAAAGAAGCGCACCGGCAUGGACACCUCCACUACACCCGCGGCCGUACCGAUGGUGAAAACCGCACCGGAAACACGGAUCGCCGGUCAGUAUCGGCUUUCGUCGGCCGACUCUGCACCGGAGUCGGUCGAUCUGGUGAAUGCGUUCCUCGAGCAUGUGAACCGUGUCGAGCGGCCGGUGCGUGCCUCGUUCUACGAUGCGGAGGAGCACGAUGGUUCGAUGAAGAACGAUCGCCGCCCGGUCCGGAUCAAGGUGAGCGAUGAGGCCGUCCAGGAGACGCGAGUUCCGCCACCGGUCGUAAUUAGUUCGGAUCCGGUGUACAUGAAGGACAAUAACGGGGGGACAACGAAAGCGGUGAAACGUGGCCGCUCGAUGCAGGAAAUCGGUCCCGAUGGUAUACCGGUGGUGCACGGGAUACGGGUACCGGAUGAUGAGUCCGAUAAGCGGCAGGUAUGGCGUAAUGCGCGCGUUAUCAAUGGUGAGCUGGUACCGUACGAGAAGGGCCAUGUACCGACGAAGCUGGAGAACGGUGGUGACAUCUAUGGGCAGCUGAUCUUCGCGAAGCCUUUGCCGGCGCGUGGUACUCAAUCGGCGGCGUCCGGUGGUGGUGUCCGGCAGCGUAGUAUUGGACCGUUUACGAAGGCCGAUAACUUCCAGCCGAGCGAAAGCUUCAAGCCGGGCUUCGGACCGUUCAGUGUCGAGGAUAAUCUGCACACGGUCGGCUCGAUCGCCAUUAAUGCGGAGGGACCGAGGGUGACGGGCAAUAUUGGGCCGUUUUCGCGGGCGGACAAUUCGCGGCCCAACUCGAAUGCACGGUUGGUGGAGUAUUUGCGGAAGAUCAACGAGGAGGAGCGCCGUAAGCACUAUCCGCAGAUUGUGAGCCGUGCUAACUUUAAGGAGGAUUCGAUUGCAGCUUUAGAGCAACCGAAGAUCCAACGCCGGAUGCUGCAGAACCCGGGCAAUCCGAACUAUCCCGUGUCGCAGCUGUACUCGAUUAAUGAUGCCGCGAGUAAUCAGGAGAAGGAACUGGAGGAUGCUCGUAAGCCAGUGCUACAGUACGCACAUCCGGAGCUGGGUGUACAACCGGCUAAACCCGUCCCACCGGUAGAGCGUAAACCGACGAAGGCCAUGAAGAAGAUUAUGAACGUGCAGCAGCAGCAGCAGCAACAGUCGCCGGAUUACUACAACAAGGCGGUCCACAAUGAUCACUCGCCGUACGCCAUCGAGCCAGCCAUGGGUAGCAAGGACUACUACGAUCCACCACAGCCGCAGCAACUGCAGCACCAUCACCAUCAGCAACAGCAACAGCAACCGGGUCCGAUGAUGAAGAUGCCACGGCAUCCGCAGCCGUACGAGAACUUUAAAGGGCCGUCGACGUACCCGUACAACUAUGGGUACAUCCGGCGCGUCAAGCAUGAGCCUCCCUUUUGGGUCAAGAUCACGGAUCAGAUGCGGGACAGCCUGCAGAAUGGGAUCUCGUCCGUGCAGGAGUUCACCAAGCCGGUGCUCGAACCGAUCGUCGAGGCAGGACAGAAGAUCUCCAAAAACCUGGGAUUUGUACGCAAGUCUGACGAGCCUCAGGAUAAGGUUGGCGUGGUGGUGGCACCAGCUGCAAAUUCAAUUAUACUCCCGGCUCUAGGGCUGAUGGCCGGUGGUGCCGCCCUUGGGCUGGGGGCCGUGGCCGUGGGCCGUUUUUUCGAUAUGGGCCUACUGCGACGCUCGGGAGCCGACUUUUUCCCCAUCGAUCUGGACGAGCUGGAACACAAGCGAGCAUUGGAAGCGAUCGGGCAGCAGGAGCAGGAGCAGGAGCAUGGGACGGAGCCACGCCCGUACUAUACGAUGCUGAUGAAUCCGCACGACGCGCAGACCUCGAACGGUCGCUCGAAGCGUGCGAUCGAGGAGCACAGUCUGCAGGAUGUGGAGCGUAGCUCGGCGAGCUCGUCCCGGGCACGCUUUGAGCAGCAGCUCCGGCAGACGAACUGGAAGAAUCCGGCCUGCGCCAAGCGUACCUUCUGCCAGGUGAUGAUCCAACAGGGAGCGGACGAUGUCGUACUGAUGGAGAAGAAGAUGUAUACAAUGCUGGAUAUGAUGCACCCGGCCCUGGCUGCCACGCUCACCGAUCACCUGUCGGAGGUGACGGACGCAAUCCGGCAGAAUGAUUGCUCCCGGUUCGCUUGCCAAAGCCCCGAUCAUCGUCGCUCCUAA